AUGCUGCGCAAUUCAAUUGCGCCGUCCCGAGGGCUGGGUUCAUUGACCCGGCAGAAGGCCGCCAGCCAAUGGCUAAAUACAUCCCGACGAAGCCUCAUAGGCAAGAGGAGCUACAGUAAAGUGAGAAGCGCCGGCUGGCCGUACGAGAGCUCAAUUCGGCUCGAGGCAGGUUCUUUGCCAACGAGGCAAAUCUGCAAUGCCACAUUUACAACCGGCGCAACGCUGCGUGUGAACGAUCCCAACGUCCGAUCACCACCUUCUCCAUCUUCCGCUUCAGCUAUAACGCCGGAGGGUGUUUCGAAACCACCACCACCAUCGCCUGCGGCCCAGGGUUUGACAUCGCCUGGCUCGUCGGUAAACCCACCUGAACCUCCAAAGGCCAAAACCGGCGCUCCUCCUCCUCCCCCUCCACCACCGCCGCCUGCUCCUGUUACCAAAGCCAAGGGGAGAUUCAGCAGAUUCCUGUUGUAUCUCGUCCUUUCCACUGGAGUUGCUUAUGCCGGAGGUGUGUGGUUUUCUCUGAAGUCGGAUAACUUCCAUGACUUCUUCACGGAAUAUGUUCCAUACGGCGAGGAGGCAGUAUUGUACCUUGAGGAGCUUGAUUUCCGCCGCCGCUUCCCCAAUGCCACCCGACACAUCAAUACUCGGCCUUCCACACCCCGUGAAGAGGGAGAGAAAGUGACGAUACCGAGCAAGAGCGGCGUUUCUUGGAAGGUGGCCGAAAAUGAAGGUGGGAGCGAUGUAUCUCACAAGGGAAGGCAUAUGAGUGCUGUGGACGCCGAAGUGCCUCGCGCUGCCGAGAAAUCGAAACCAGCACCAAAACAGCCAGCUGCCGAAGACAAGAAGGUCACCGAGACUACUGCUAGCAAGAAAGAUGAACCGAAGGAGAGAGUCCCAGUUACUGAUACUCAAAAGCCAGCUGUCUCUCUUGAUGAGCCAAGAAAGCCAGCUGCUCCUACUGUUGCAAGCAUUGAGCCAUUGGCAGCCCUACAGGAUGAUCCAACUAUCCAGGAACUAACAAAGAUCGUCAACGGGCUUAUCGCUGUUAUAAAUGCGGAUGAAUCGGUUUCUCGAUUCGCUGCUCCGAUCGCCAAAGCCAAAGAGGACUUCAUGAAGCUUGGAGAGAAGAUUUCUAGCAUUAAAGAAGAAGCUCUUUCCGCGGCCAAGGAAGAAAUCAAGAAUGCACACUUGGAGUUUGAUCGAUCCGCUACUGAGCUUGUCCGACGAAUCGAUGAGGUCCGUGCCGAAGAGGCCGCCCAGUACCGCGAGGAAUAUGAGACUGAGCGUGAGAAGCUUGCAAGUUCCUACCAAGAAAAGAUCAAGACGGAGGUUGAGAGGGCUAAUGCGGUUGCUGAGCAACGGCUUCGAAAUGAGCUGGUUGAACAAGCUAUCGAAUUGAACCGCAAGUUCCUUAACGAUGUCGAAACUCUUGUCGAAAAGGAAAGAGAAGGCCGCUUUAGCAAACUGUCUGAGCUGACUGCUCAAGUGGCCGAGCUUGAGAAGCUGACUGCAGGCUGGAACGACGUGAUCAGCGCCAACCUGACGACCCAGCAGCUCCAAGUCGCCGUUGAUGCGAUCCACUCUGCCCUCGAGAGCGAUAGCAUGCCAAGGCCAUUCAUCAACGAACUACUGGCUGUCAAGGGGCUCGCAGGCCAGGACCCAAUUAUCAAUGCCGCCAUUUCAUCGAUAAACCCUACCGCAUACCAACGUGGGAUCCCCUCAUCUGCCCAAAUCAUCGACCGCUUUAGACGUGUUGCCAACGAAGUCCGCAAAGCAAGUCUGCUCCCUGAAGAUGCCGGCGUCGCCAGCCAUGCGACAAGCUAUCUCAUGAGCAAGGUCAUGUUCAAGAAAGAAGCCUCCUCUAGCGGAGACGACGUCGAGAGCAUCCUCACCCGUACAGAGAAGUUACUCGAGCAAGGCAACCUUGAUGAUGCCGCGCGUGAAAUGAACACACUCCGCGGAUGGUCGAGGCUACUAAGUAAGGACUGGCUGGCUGAUGUGAGAAGGGUUUUGGAAGUUAAACAAGCCAUGGAGGUUAUUGAAACGGAAGCCCGUUUGAAAUGCCUCCAGCUGGAAACCUUGGGACAGUAG